UAAGUAGCAGACAUGACUGGCGUUACUGACAGUCAGUAGUUGGUGCUCAACGAAGGAGAAAGGCGUGGUAAAUAACUUCCAAAAGAAAGUCUUUCUUCCUCGAGGCCUAGCACUGAACCCCUCAUUUUUCUUCUGACUUCUUCCUAUUAUCUUACUUAAGCUUUAUCAUGACCGAGCGCAUCGUCGGUCGGCCAUGGACUGCUCAAGAGGACCGUCUUCUUGCCAAUGCUGUCGCAAUCCACGGAGAGUCAGAUAACUGGAAGGCCGUCGCCCACUGUGUCCCGGAAAGGACCAAUAAGGCCUGCAGGAAGCGAUGGCUCCAUUCGUUAUCACCGAAUGUGAAGAAAUCUGCUUGGACGCCAGAAGAAGACCAUCUACUUUUGGAACUCUACAAAGUUCAUUCAACAAAAUGGUCUGUGAUCGCGAGACAUAUACCCGGUCGUACCGACGAUGCUUGUUCAAAACGCUAUCGUGAGGCGCUCGACCCUUCCCUCAGACGUGACGAAUGGUCCAAGGAAGAGGAUGACAAACUCUUUGACGCGUACUCACGUUUGGCUGGGCGAUGGGGCCAAGUCGGCCAGGAGUUACAGCGUAGCGGAUUAGCCUGCCGUAACAGGUGGAGGCUUCUUGAGCGAAAAAGAAACAUCUUAACCGAGCCUCAGGGUGUCGCGGUUUCAAAACUGCCGUUGACCAUGUCUUCAGAACCAUCAAGUCCUAUGUUAACGUACCCCGAUCCCACACCUUGGCCACCUCCACCCAUGCUCAAUCCCAGGCAGUUUUGGGAUGAAAAUUUAUCUCAGUUUGACGGAGGUCCAUCCCCAGCAUCUGGACAGCAACAUAGCCAUGUAAGGUCUCACAAUGACGUGGGAUUGUUGGGCAGUGUAGAACCCUCGAUUUCCCGUCCACAGUCGAUACAGCACGUUGUCAAUCUUCCACCCCCAUUUCAUUAUUCGUCUUCAUCAUUAAGUUCGGCCUUGUCUUCUCCACACACAUUUGCAACGAGGUAUGACAAAAGCACCGCGGCCCCUAGCGGCUCUUACCAAACGGGGGAAACUCACGCCGCCCCGCACCCAAUUGCCUCCGUUCCGCCGGCCGGCAAUGCGCCCGCGGUUUUUGACUAUGGGGUAGUCCUCGAUCCAUCUCUUGUCAGCGCCACGCAAGCUACGGACUAUGCCGUUGGACAUCGCCCUGUGUAUGAGGACCACGUUACGCAACAUCAAUAUAAUGAGAUCCAGAGGAGCGUCGCUCCCACACCUGUACCAUCUCAUACACCCGUUCCUGCUCAACGUGCUUCGGAGUAUUAUUCGCCUGUUCCUCGUCAUAACGAGUGCCACCAUCAAUUGAUCUGUGAUGAAGAGGCUUCUCCAUCACAAAUGUCUCGGGAUUCGUGUUAUCCAGCCGCUUCUCAGGGUUCUUCCGCCGCAUUGGUCCCUACGGCACUAGGCCCAACCCACGAGGCGACUGACAGCUACUACGUAGUUCAUCAUCGCCAACAGCUUGAGCAUGAUGUCCAGCAUGUUGUGAUGUCAUCACCCGAUUCAUCCCCCAUCUGCAGCGUUCCCCGCGAGUAUUUUCCGUCUUCAUCCUCAUCAGACAAUUGUUCCCCCGUUUCACCUAUCGACGGUGCAUUGCGCCAGACACCCUGCAACCAGUACCAUUCACCCUCUACACACGUGGUGCCUGCGCACCAAGACAUGAGCUCGAUGUCGCAGCCCACCACGACAGCACCUGAAGCUCGUGGAGACUAUUAUCAGUCACAGCUCAAAGGACAAUUGCAGCCUCAAUUUCAUCCGCUAUCGAACGAACCAAAGCCCAACGGGCACCGGGCUCCUAUGCCUGUUGUUGAUUCAGGUCCACCGCCCAACGUCUCACCUAACUUCCAUCCUGCACCAUCCGCCCAGCGUUCAGCAUCUAUCAGCUCGUCCGCGCACACGCAUCUACUCACUACCAGUGUACUCCCCAAGGCCACAGGGUCAGGUGCGAAACGCGGCCCUCCCCAGGAUACUUCGUCACCGAACCCUGAUGACCCCAAUCCUCGCCCAACUGCACGGCCCCGGCAGUCAUUCUCACGGAAGCGUACUGAUAUUCAUGCUCCCCUGAGGCUAUCCUCUGACUUGCCCGCUACAAAUGACCCCUCUAUAAAGCCAUAUGCGUGCGGUCACGAGAGCUGCUGGCCGGUGACCGCGGCGAGUUCCCUUGUUUGUUACACUACUUCGCGAGGUCUUUCGGACCACAAUAAGAGUUCGCAUCCAGAAGACUCUGGCGGAGAGAGGCCGUACAGAUGUGGCUUAGACGGUUGCGGAAAAUCUUGGAAGAGUAUUAACGGGUUACAGUACCAUUUACAAAUAUCUAAGGCCCAUUUCCAACACGCUAUUGUGUCAACUUUCGUCACCUCUUACAUCGAUGGCCUCACUGUGCCCUUGGUGGAGGCAUCCCCUGGCGAAGGUGAUGAUAAGACUAAAAAGCAAUAUGCUUGCCCGCAUCAAGGCUGCCCGAAUCGGUACAAGCAACUCAGUGGACUCCGUUAUCAUCUAGCCCAUGGUCACCCUACAGAUCUUCCGGUUCAGCUGGAUCUGGUACCUCCUGCCCUGAGUCGUAAAUUGGCUGAGAAGAUGCGGAAGGAUGGCACCGGCUCACAACCCCCUGAGACUCAAACGCACAAACCUCUUCCUGCUCCCACCCCUUCGCAGAGCUGCUCUCCCGGGCAUGUAUCUGCAUAAUGCGUGGGCUCCUGACUAAAAUCAGCAUGCACCGAUAUUUUACUGGUCUCAUAAUUGCGACCCACCCCCAACAUAUACUGGGCCUGCUCAUUGGUUCGGUAUUGUCUUUCGUCUUAUUGAAUUAUUAGGUGUAUCUUUAUUGCUUUCAUUUGCUUGUCGUCUCUUUGCGCUCUUCCUCACAUUGCUCGGUUUUUUAUUGCUUUUUCCUAUCAGCUCGCCAUUCGUUUGCAUCGCAGAUUUACGGCGUACUUUUAUAAUUG